AUGCCCAUCGCCAUUGUCGGCAUGGGGUGCCGGUUUGCGGGCAACGUCACUGGACCCGAGAGGCUCUGGGAGCUGCUGAAGAGCGGCCAAAGCGGAUGGUCUGAAAUACCCGAAUCCAGAUUCGCAACAAGUGGAAUCUUGCACCCGCAGAAGGACAAGAUUGGUUCCGUGCGUUCAGUCCUGGCUUUCCUGAGAGACAUGCUCCCGCCCGUGACGAACGUCCGCGGAGGGUACUUCCUGGGGACAGACCCCGGGGCCUUUGAUGCCUCCUUCUUCAACCUCAGCACAGAGGUCGCCAGCACACUGGAUCCGCAAAUCAGGAUGACUCUCGAGGUCGUCUUUGAAGCCAUGGAGAGCGCGGGCAUCAAGCUACCAGAUAUCCAGGGGUCCGAUACGUCCGUCUUCGCGGGCUGCAUGGUUCGGGACUAUCACGACACCCUGGCCCGUGACCCCCAUACUCUGCCGAGAUACUUCAUGACCGGCAAUGCGGCGACCAUGGCCGCCAACCGCGUGUCCCAUUUCUACGAUCUCCGCGGCCCCAGCAUGACCAUUGACACAGGAUGCUCCACCACCCUGACGGCUCUGCAUCUCGCAUGUCGAAGUCUCCAGGCCGGGGAAUCCGGAUCAGCCAUCGUGACGGGCGCGAACCUGAUGCUGAACCCCGACGUCUUCGUAUCAAUGUCAACCAUAGGAUUCCUGUCUCCCGACGGCAUAUCCUACUCUUUUGACCACAGGGCCAACGGAUACGGCCGGGGCGAUGGCAUCGCUGCCGUCAUUCUCAAGAGGCUCGACCACGCAGUGGCCGCGGGCGAUCCCAUCCGCGCCAUCAUCCGCGGCUCGGCCCUCAACCAAGACGGCAAGACGCCGACAAUCACCACGCCCAGCCAGGAGGCCCAGGAGCGCCUCAUGGGCGCGUGCUACCGGAGCUGCGGGCUGGACCCCGGCGAGACGGGCUUUGUCGAGGCACAUGGCACGGGCACCCCGACCGGGGACCCGAUCGAGGUCACGGCCAUCGCCAACAUCAUCGCCUCCGCGAGUCCUCCAGGAUCGGACCCGCUCCUCCUCGGCUCCGUCAAGUCUGCCAUCGGCCACACCGAGGCCGCCAGCGGCCUCGCCAGUGUCAUCAAGGUCGUGUGCGCCCUGGAGGCUGGCCUCGUGCCCCCGAACGCCAACUUUGAGGAGCUCAACCCGAAGCUAAGGCUAGAGGAGUGGAACAUGCAGGUCCCGACGACGGUCCGGCCGUGGCCCAGGCGAGGGGCGACGCGGAGGGCAUCCAUCAACAACUUUGGAUUCGGGGGCGCCAACGCACACGUCAUCCUGGAGGAGUAUCGUCCCGAGUCCAUGGCCGGCCUGCUAGCCUCGUGCAGUGGCAUGGCUUCUAGUGUUGCCGUCAACGGCCACUCCAACGUCAACGGCUACCCACAAGUCAACGAGCACGACCCGACAGUCACAAACGGCAUGAAGGGCGAGAACGGUCUCCGCGGCGAAGAGAUGUCGUCUGCGCUACAACACACAAAAUCCAACGGUCAUCAUGUUGGCGCCAUGCCGGCGCCGGACUCGGCGGACGGCAGAGUGUUUGUAAUCUACGGCAAGGAUCAAGCCUCGUGUCAAAGCCGUGUGAGCGACCUCAGACUCUAUCUCUCGCUCCGAGACAACGAAGAGCAACCUCAAGUCCUCCAUGACUUGGCGUACACCCUGUCCGAACACCGCACAGUCAUGCCGUGGAUGGUAGCCUGUCGUUCCAGGGACGUGCCUGGCCUACAGGAAGCCCUGGAGAGCGGCAAGCCGGCAGCAGCCCGCGUUCCCAGCCAGCCGCCCCGAUUGGGGAUCGUCUUCAACGGACAGGGCGCCCAGUGGCAUGCCAUGGGGCGAGAGCUGAUCCACAGAUACGACGUCUUUCGGGCCAGCAUCGAGCAGAUGGGCGUGUAUAUCCGAGAGAUGGGGGCGACUUGGUCCUUGUUGGACGAGCUGCUCCGGGACGAGGACACCAGCAACGUCCAGAACUUCGAGUACAGUCUCCCGCUCUGCAGCUCCGUCCAGAUUGCACUUGUCGACCUGCUGCGAUCAUGGGGCAUCGAGCCGAGCGCCGUGACGGGCCACUCGAGCGGCGAAGUCGCGGCCGCCUACGCCGCCGGGGCCCUCGACGCUCGUUCGGCCAUUGCCAUUCCCUAUCUCCGCGGCGCGCUCUCUGCCGAAACCGACCAGAUCAUCGGCAAGGGGGGCAUGAUUGCCGUGGGAGCGGGCCGGCAGAAGGUCCAGGAGUACAUCGACCGCGUCCGGAGCGGCAGCAUCGUCGUCGCAUGCGUCAACAGCCAGAACAGCAUCACCGCCUCGGGCGACCUGUCGGCCGUCCGUGAGCUCGAGGACAUGCUCGUGUGCGACAAGGUGUUCUGCCGCCGCCUGCGCAUCAACGGGGCCUUUCACUCCCAUCACAUGGCGCCCAUCUCGGCCAAGUACAUGGAUCAGCUUCGCCCCGUGCUGAAGCCCAGGCGCGGUCCUCGAGACGUCGUCUUCUCGUCGUCGAUGACGGGAGGGCUGCUGCAGGACCUGGACGUGCUCUCCACGUCCGAGUACUGGAACAACAACAUGCUCCGCGCCGUCGAGUUCGAGGCGUCGUUCCGCGCAAUGUGCGUCGGGGCACGUACGGGGCAAGGCGGCGCGGAGGGGUCCCCGUCCCCUGCACAGCAGAUCGACGUCGUCGUCGAGCUGGGACCACACGGAGCACUGGGCGGGCCGAUUCAGGACAUGCUGUCGCUCCCGGCCUUUGAGGGCACGCAGAUCUCCUAUCUCACAGGUCUCGUCCGCAACAAGAGCGCCAUCGAGACGACACAUUCGCUGGUCUGCGAGCUUCUGCGCAAAGGAUGGCCCGUCAACCUGUCGGCCGUCAACUCUCCCGGCACCGAGCGUCGCGCCCGGGUUCUCAGCGACCUGCCUACAUACCCCUGGAACCACUCGGCGAGGUUCUGGAUGGAGCCGAGGGCCAACAAGGCCUGGCGAAGACAGGUAGAGCCGUCCCACGACAUCCUCGGCCGGUAUCAGAGCACCUCGGACCCGUUCGUGCCCACGUGGAGGAACGUCUUGCGUCUCUCCGAGAUGCCGUGGCUGGGGGAUCACGUCGUGGGGUCAAAGGUCGUGUUCCCGGCGGCCGGCUACAUCUCCAUGGUCUCGGAGGCGGCGUAUCGGCUCGCAGGAAGAUACCUCCCGGACGAGAGAGUACAAGAGCUCCGCCUGCGCAACGUCGAGUUCCUGAGCGCUCUCCACGUCCCAGAGGCAGAGGGACAGGAGGUCCAGCUCACGGUCAUGCGACGGAGCGAAGGCCUCUCGUCCUGGGCAGGCUGGCUCGACUUCCGCGUCUCGUCCGUGUCCGCCAACAAUGACUGGUUGCUUCACUGCCAGGGGUCAUUCAAGCUGGACACGGUCUCGACCGCGGCCGAGGCCGACCAUCAUCACGCCGCGGACCCCAAGAUGCCUCUGAAGCCCCUGACGGUAACCCGCCGAGUGGAUCCAGCGGACCUGUGGACGGCCCUGGCCAACGUCGGUAUCCGUCACGGGCCGGCCUUCCGGAAGAUCAGCACCGUCGAGUCGACCCGCGAGAACAGCGUGGUCACUUUCCAAUCCACGGAUCCGUCGUCACCCCACCAGGGGGGCGACCUGCUCCACCCUGCCACGUUGGAUUCGGUCUUCCAGGCAGCCUACACCGUCUUGCAGGGGUUGGGGUCGGCCCUCGAGUCUGCAUUCAUCCCACGAGCGAUCAAGAGCAUGUCACUGCGACGCCAGGGCACCCUCGGUCCGGUAUUCGAAGCUCACCUCCGCCCUGGUCGCGUCGGCGUGCAGUCUUUCGACACGGGCGUGACCGUUUUCGCAGCAAGCCCCGCCGGCGAACGCAACGUGAACGCUGUGCUGCACAUGGACGGCUUGUUGUAUCAGAGUCUAGAUCUAGAUGGUGCCUCUGCCCCCCGGUCAGACCGAGGCAGCCUAUGCAGCACCGUCACAUGGGCACCGGACCUGUCCUUCGCGAGCUCUAUGCGAGCCGCCGUCGUGUCCAUGAAGCAUACCAUCACUUCCUCGGAGAAGGAGGCCAUGGUUGAUCUCCAACGUGCGGUCCUCCACUACGUGCACGACGCCGUCCGGGCCUUAACGGAUCAAGACGUCGACAGGCUCGCGCGGCACCACAAGAAGCACCAUCGCUGGAUGCUGCAGCUGCUUCAGCGCGCAGCGCAGAACGAGCUGGGCCCGGAGAGCUCCAAGUGGCUCCAGGUUUCCGCAGACGACAAGGCCGCCCUCCUCGACCGCGUGGCGGCAGCAAACGUCAACGGCGAGAUGAUCAGCCGUCUCGGCCCCCGUGCAGUGGCUCUGAUGAAGGGCGAGGUCGCGCCGCUGGAGCUCAUGGUCGAAGGGGAGCUCCUGUACCGCUACUACGUCGGCGCCCUGAAAUGGGACCGGUCGACCGGCCAAGUCGCGCGGCUCGUCAGGCUCCUCGCGCACAAGAAUCCUCGAGCGACCAUACUGGAGAUCGGGGGCGGCACGGGCGGCGGAACACAAGCUAUCCUCGACGCACUGGGACGGGGGAGCGGCGGGGAUGAUGGCCAAGGCGCCUUGUUCGAGCGUUACGACUUCACGGACAUCUCCCAGGGCUUCUUCGAGGCUGCGCAGAAGCGGUUCGAACCGUGGCGGGAUCUGAUGACGUUCAGAAAGCUAGACAUCGAGGCCGACGCGGUCGCCCAGGGGUUCGAAGCCGGGUCCUACGACAUUGUCGUCGCAUGCCAAUGCCUCCACGCCACCAAGGCCAUGGACCGGACGAUGAGCAACGUCCGCCGCCUCCUGAAGCCCGGGGGAAAGCUGGUGCUCAUCGAGACAACACGAGAUGCCCUCGACGUCUUCAUGGCCUUUGGAUUCCUGCCCGGAUGGUGGCUCAGCGAAGAGCCGGAGCGCGUAAACUCGCCCUCGCUCACCGUGCCGUUCUGGGACCAGGUGCUCCGACGGAACGGCUUCUCGGGGCUGGACAUGGAGCUCCGAGACUGCGAGGACCCGGACUUCUUCAGCUUUAGCGCCAUGGUCUCGACGGCCCAGGGAGACGCGUACGCGCCUGCGUACCCGCAGCAAGUGGUGCUCGUCUGCACAGCUCAGCGCUUCCCCGCGCCAUGGCUGCAGGCCCUCCAGUCGCGGCUGGCUACCGUCUUAGGGUAUGAGCCGCCCAUUAAGGCGCUCGAGCUUGGUUCGACGACGACGACGACAUUCCAUGGCGAGACGUGCAUAUACCUGGAGGAGCUGCUGCAACCCGACCUGCUCGACCUCGACGAAGACGGCUUCCACGGCUUGAAGACAAUGGUCACCCAUUGCGACGGCCUCCUGUGGCUGACGCGAGGGGCCGCGAUGGAGUCAUCGGUGCCAGAGGCAAGCCUGAGCCACGGACUGUUACGGACGGUGAGACACGAGGCGCCCAGCAAAAGAUACAUCGCCCUGGACGUGUCGGCCGAGCGGGCUCCGUGCAGCGAGGAGACGAUGGCGGCCAUCUGCGAGGUCUUUGCCGCCACAUUUGAUGCCGCGGCGACGACGACGACGACGACGACGACGACGACGACGCCGGCCCGUCGCGACUGGGAGUUCUGCGAACGCGACGGGAUCAUCCACGUGCCGCGCCUAUUUUCGAUGCCCCCCCUGGGUCUCGGUCCGGAGGAUGACGCGGCGGAGUCCGAGUUGAAGCCUUUUCUACUGGGCGAGAAGCGUAUCGAGGCCGAAGUCGCCAGAGGAAGAGGAGAGGGCCAGCCGUCAAUCUUGUUCACAGAGGAGGCUUCCGAAUCCGAUGCCGCCAGAGGCGACAUGUCAGACGACCACGUCGAGAUACGUCCGAGGGCCUUUGGCCUCGAGUCUCGCGGGCCGUACCCUCGGCCUCCAAGAGGCGGCAGCCGGCCCGUUGCUCUCGCGUCCGACGAGGAGCACGUGAGCGGAUGCGCCGGUAUCAUCAUCCGGGCGGGCAAGCUAGCCGCCGACCACGGACUCGGCAUCGGGGAUCGGGUGUGUUUCUUGAUCGCGGGCAGCCGGUGGGCAUCAAGCAUGCGGGUGCACUGCGCGCACGUGGCCAGGAUCCCGGAGCACGUCGCCUUUUCGGCCGCAGCACGCCUGGCUCCCGGCUACGUGACGGUUCACCUCGCGCUGCAAGACGUCGCAAGGACAAGCAGUGGGGAGAGGGUCCUGGUCCACGGGUCGAUGGCCGUGAUGGGCCGGGCCGCGAUCGAGUACGGCCGUGUCCGGGGCCUGGUGGUGUACCUGGCUGCGGAGGACGAGGCCGAGAAGAAGAAGCUCGAGGACGAGCUCGGUCUGGCCGGCGGAGCCAGAAGAAGCUCGGGAACGGUGCUGAACCGCAGCGAGGGGUUCAUCGUCCAACAGAUCUGGGCUGCCACGGGUCAGGAGGGCGUCGACGUCAUCGUCAGCCCUUCCCGGUCCUUCGUAGAGCAGAGUUCCGAGUGCCUGCGGGACUUUGGGCGCGUCAUCGAGCUCGAUGGUCGUGUGGAUGCGGACACGAACACGAACAUGGUCCAUGUCGGGUGUCCAGCCGCGACGGCGACGGCGGUCAACGGCGCAUUCUACAGGAUGCGGCUCGGCUCGUGGCUGGUCCGCAGGCCGUGGAUCGUGUCCCAGGCCAUGCAGGCCAGCAUGCUCCUCCUCCUCCUCGGCAGCCGCCCAUGUGUCGAGGAGAUUUCCAUUAGCCAGUCUGCUCGCGUCCUCGACGACAAGAUGAAUCCGCCGGAACAUGGACGGGAACAGGCUCUUUUGGCCCUGACCGUCGGGGACGCAGAUGUCGUGCCUACGCCGCAGGUCGCACGCCGCCCUCGACACGCCGCCCUCAAGGCCGACGCCUCUUACUUGCUUGUGGGCGGGGCCGGCGGUGUUGGGAGGUCGCUCUGCGAAUGGGCCAUUGCGCGUGGUGCGAGACAUGUCGUGGUGGUGAGCCGCAGCGCACGCAGCGACGACGAGUUCCUCGCGGAGCUGACCGGAAGCUGCAACGUCCGCGUGGUCAAGUGCGACGUCUCGGACCAGGACCAGCUGGCCGCCGCCCGCGCGGCCUCCGCAGACAUGCCCCCGAUCCGUGGCAUCUUCCAGGCCGCCAUGGUCCUCAAGGAUGCUGUGUUUGAACAACUGUCGCUCGACGACUUCCACGCGGUCCUGCGGCCCAAGGUCCAGGGGAGUCGUGCUCUUCUGAGGCAGUUUCCGGACCUCGACUUCUUCAUCCUCUUCUCCUCCGUCCUCGGCAUCACCGGCGCACCGGGCCAGGCAAACUACACGGCCGCGGGCGCCUACCAGGACGCCCUCGCAAGCCACGCGCGGUCCCGCGGCGUUGCCGUCACGACCAUCGACCUCAGCAUGCUGCAGUCGGUCGGCCAUGUGGCCGGGCGCCGCAGCAUCUCGAGCCGCCUCGCGCGCAACGGCAUCGUCAUGCUCCAGGAGGCCGAGAUGCACAGCAUCCUCGACCAUACUCUCGCCGCCGGCGGACGGGGCACCGACACUCCGCAGGUGGUCACGGGCAUCGGGCACAGCAGCAGCCGCGCCGCGUUCGACAAGGGAUGGGUCACGGACGCACGCUUCACCGCGCUGCAAAAGCGCGAGUCCCUCGCCUCCAGGCACAGCCACGAGAGAGCAGCCGCCGCCGCCGCCGCCGCCGCCUCCCCGGAGCAGUCUUCGUCGCUCAGGGAGGCGCUCCCCCGCGACCUCGGGCCGCAGGAGCUGGCCCGUCGCAUCCUGGAGGCGCUCGCCAAGGAGUUGCGGCGCAUGUUCAGCUCGGCCGACGUUGACGUGUCGAGAGACCUGACGGCUCAUGGCGUGGACUCGCUGGUGGCCGUGGAGAUCCGGAACUGGCUUGCGGCACAGACGGGCAUCGGCCUGUCAGUUCUGGACCUCAUCCAGGCGCCCUCGCUGACGGACCUCGCCAACUGUGUCGCCGAGAGGAUCGGGGGCGAGCAGGAGCCUGUGGUGUGA